AUGGAUAAACUCAAGUUUUGUGGUGAGUUGGUCAAAACCGAAGAACAAAAAAUUUAUUACUAUCAUACCAUGCUUAGGGCCGAAUAUAGGGAGUUUAUGACUCCCUCACAUUACGAAAGCCUCACCGAUAUAAUCAAUGCGGCGUGGGAGCGCAAGAUUGAAUUAAAAAGGCAAGUUGAAAGAGGUGAGAGAAGGGCCUUGGAUGAAAACCUGAGUCCCACAAAGAAGUCGAAGGUAGCUGAAUCUUCGAAGAAGGGAAAUGCGAAAGGAGGUUCCCCGAGUUGUAAGAUAUGUGGACGGGCCCAUAAAAGCGAAUGUUAUUUUAAGAACAAACCUUGCGUUGCAUGUGGCAAGACAGGGCAUGGGGUUUCAAACUGUCCAGACAAAGUGACGGUGUGCUAUAAAUGUUAUCAGCCGGGUCAUAAAAAGUCAGAAUGUCCGGAACUGACGGGAAAGAAAGAGGGUGCUGACUCCAAGAAUGAAACCCCGAAGUCAAAGGCAAGGUCGUUCCAAAUCACUGCUGCUGAAGCAAAAAUGGAACCUGACGUGGUUACAGGUAUAUUUACUGUAAAUUCUGUGCUUGCACGUGCUCUAUUUGAUAUGGGUGCGAAUAAGUCUUUUGUUUCUCAUAGAUUCAUUCAAAACCCUUUGUUUACAUUAACCAAAUUACCUAUGCCAAUGGAAGUAGAAGUAGGUAAUAACAAAAGUUUCAUUGUUUGUGAUGUAUGUCGGGAAUGCAAACUGAAUAUCGAUGGUGAGGAAUACUCCAUUGAUCUAAUACCCAUGUCCAUGGGUGAAUUUCAAGUGGUAGUUGGAAUGGACUGGUUAUCCCGCUACCACGCUAAGGUGAUAUGCUUACGUAAAGAGAUACACUUAAUGUCUCCAAGCGGAAAGCGUGUCAUCAUCUAUGGGGAAAAGGCUUGUAAUCCCAUGGUGUGCUCGAUGAUAGAAUCCCGCAAAUUUAUACUACACGGAUGUAAGGCAUAUUUGACUUACGUACGUGAUGUGGAGAAAGAAAUGCCAAGGAUUGAAGACGUACCAGUGAUGCGUGAAUUUGAAGAUGUUUUUCCUGAGGAUCCACCGGGAAUGCCGCCAGAGCGUGAAAUAGGGUUCGGGAUUGAACUGAUUCCGGGUGCUAAACCAGUUGAUAAAGCACCAUAUAGACUGGCACCGUCGGAAUUGCAAGAACUAAUAUUCAUGUUACAAGAUUUACUCGAUAAGGGAUUCAUCCAGCCUAGCGUAUCACCUUGGGGAGCGCCGGUGCUAUUUGAGGAUGAUGUACCAAAGACGGCAUUCCGUACGCGAUACGGACAUUACGAAUUCCUCAUGAUGUCCUUCGGGUUAACAAAUGCACCUGCGGCUUUCAUGGAGCUCAUGAACCGGGUAUGCAAGCCGAUGCUCGAUAGGUCGGUGACAGUUUUUAUCGACGACAUCCUCGUUUAUUCAAGAAACGAGGCGGAUCAUGCUAACCAUCUACGGGAAGUGUUAAAGAUACUAAGGCGGGAAAAAUUAUAUGCUAAAUUCUCGAAAUGCGCCUUCUGGUUACGAGAGGUGCAAUUCUUAGGGCACGUCAUAAGUGCCGAAGGAAUAUUGGUGGAUCCAUCGAAGGUGGACGCAGUAUCAAAUUGGAACCCUCCAAGGAAUCCAUCCGAAAUUAGAAGUUUCUUGGGAUUGGCAGGUUACUAUCAGAGAUUGAUUCAGGAUUUCUCCAAGAUUGCAUCGCCUUUGACCAAGUUAACCCGUAAGAACGAGAAAUUCCUCUGGGAAGACGAUCAGGAAAAGGCAUUUCGGAUAUUAAAGGAAAAGUUAACCUGUGCACCGGUGUUGACUUUACAAGAUGGAACGGAUGAUAUAGUAGUGUAUUCAGAUGCAUCACACCUAGGCCUUGGGUGCGUGCUAAUGCAAAGGGGAAGGAAAAUGGAGGAUGAUGGUGGUUGUAUGGUGUUGGUGUUGGCGGUGGUAGUGAGCCGAGAAAGAGGAGGGAGAGAGUGA